AUGAGACCAAGCGUCUUAAUCUCAGCCCUCCUAGGGGUCUCCAUACCUAGCCUGCUAACGUCCGGGGCUCCAACGAAUCAGUCGGCCUGUACACGCGAGACAAUGCUGGUCCGAAAAGAAUGGUCAAAUCUCACUCCAUCUGAGCGCAUGGAGUAUUCCAAUGCCGUGACAUGCCUCCAGAAUUUGCCGUCCAGAUUAAACAAUACACAGUAUCCAGGAGCAAAGAAUCGUUAUGCCGAUUUCAUAGCGACGCACAUCAACUACACCUUCAUUAUCCAUCUGGAUGCUAUUUUCUUGCCAUGGCACCGCGGAUACGUCUGGCUUUACGAGUCUGCCCUCCGCAACGAAUGCGGCUACAAAGGCGCCCAGCCCUACUGGGAUUGGCCUGCAUACGUGCAAGGCGGGCUGGAGAAUUCGACUAUCUUCGAUGGGGGUCCUUACUCGUUAGGCAGCAAUGGUAGAGAGAACGACUCGUGUGUUUACAAAGGGCCUUUCCGCAAUUACACCUCGCCAUUUCCGAAGUUUCCCAAUAGCAUCAUCAUGGACAACAUCGAAAACAAUGGCAGUGGGACAAUCCCCAGUUGGUCCUUCGAAUAUAGACCGAACUGCUUUCAGCGCGGCUUGAAUGAUGAGGCACUUCGGCUGAACAAUAACUACAGCUGUAUCGCCGAUUUGCUUUCCCAGCCUACUAUCGGUGACUUCCAGAACUACUUGUCUACUCGUGAGGGUGAUGCCCAUUAUGGUCCUCAUGGUGGCGGACACGUCGCGAUGGGAGGGAAUGGAGCGGAUCUAUUCACUAGUCCCACUGAUCCUGUGUUCUUCCUGCAUCACGCGCAGGUGGAUCGCAUGUGGUGGAUGUGGCAGGCCAUAGACCUGAAAACAAGGAGGUAUGCGUUGAAUGGAACUCAGACGCUGGAGAAUGUCCCACCCUCGCCCGAACUCACACUCGAUGAUCAGAUAACAUUUGGUCCUUUGGGCAAGAACAGGACGACCAGGGACCUGAUGGACAUUCAUGCUGGUCCUUUUUGUUACCGGUACGAAUGA